CCGCCUCGCGCUGGGACUGGGAGAGCUGCUGGAGGCACCGGCCGCGGAGAGGGUGCUGUGCUCGGGCUACCCAAUGCGUGGACUAUUUGCCACUGCUGCCCGUGCAAUAUGCUGGAGCUCCAGAACAGCUAAACGGAGUCGCCACACCGCUGCCUGGGCUGGAUCGCCGUGCUGCCUUUCCUUAUGAAGAAGACACAAACUUGGAUUAUCACUUGCAUUUAUCUUCAACUGCUCCUGUUUAAUCCUCUCGUCAGAACUACAGGGACCUGCAGGAGUCGUGUGACUGAUGAUGUGAAAGACGUUACAAAAUUGGUGGCAAAUCUUCCAAAAGACUAUAUGAUAACCCUCAACUAUGUCCCCGGGAUGGAUGUCUUGCCUACUCAUUGUUGGAUAAGCGUGAUGGUGCAACAAUUGACAGUCAGCUUGACUGAGCUUCUGGACAAGUUUUCAGAUAUCUCUGAAGGCUUGAGUAACUAUUCUAUCAUAGACAAACUGGUGAAAAUAGUGGAUGACCUUGUAGAGUGCAUGGAUGAACAUUCAUCUAAGAAUGUAAAAAAACCACCUAAAAACACAGAACGCAGGCAAUUUACUCCUGAACAAUUCUUUCAAAUUUUUAAUAGAUCCAUUGAUGCCAUCAAAGACUUUAUCGUGGCAUCUGAAACUAGUGAAUGUGUGCUUUCUUCAACGUUAAGUCCUGAGAAAGGGAAGGCCUCAAAUUCCACUGGAGACUCCAGCUUACAAUGGGCAGCCAUGGCAUUGCCAGCUUUCUUUUCUCUUGUAAUUGGGUUUGCCUUUGGAGCCUUAUACUGGAAGAAGAAACAACCAAAUCUUACAAGGGCGGUUGAAAAAAUACAGAUUAAUGAAGAGGAUAAUGAGAUAAGUAUGUUGCAAGAAAAAGAGAGAGAGUUUCAAGAAGUGUAAUUUUGGCUUGUAUCAACACUGUUACUUUCGUACAUUGGCGGGUAACAGUUCAUGUUUGCUUCAUAAAUGAAGCAGCUUUAAACAAAUAUUCUGUCUGGAGUGACAGGCUGCAUCUUUAUCUGUUCUUGCUACCAAUGACUAUAUAAGGAUGAUUCAGAAAUUGGAACAAAGUGUUUUACUGUGAAACUGGCACUGAAUUAAUCAUCUAUAAAGAAUAACUUGCAUGGAGCAGGACUCUAUUUUAAGGACCUGGGGGACUUGUGGUCUCAUUUAGAACUUGCAACUGAUGUUGGGAAAGAAAGAACAUGUCCCAGACUGCACACACCAUUUGCAUGCCUCCAGAAAUGUCUAAUUGCUGAAAAACCACAUAGCUUUAUUUUUCAGUUACAACCGGCAGCCCAUGGUUAUCCUGGUCUCUGCAAGUUAAUUUCAGCUGGGAUAGUAGGGGGUAACACUUUUUCUCAAACUGUUUUUUUCUCAAAAACCAAAAAGUCAAUAGCAUCAGCCACUGUACAGUAUAGAAAGCAGUGGGAACAAAAUGAUUGGAGUAGGCGAUGUGUCAGCCUUAUAGCUGCCUGGUUACAUGAUAUGGGUCUGAUCUUGAUGUCUUUCUGAUGGAAACCAUGUUCACCCAUAUCCCACUAGACAAAAGGACAUGGUCAUGCAAGGGAGCCAGUACUGAAUUAGAACAGUGAUGCCUUUGCAGAGUGAAGACUCUCCAAAAAAAUUAAUCCAUGAAGAAGCUAUGAACACUGAAUAGCAGAACAGUCUGCCAAGGAGGACAUUUGGCACCUACGGUGAAAUCUACCUUUUCCCUUGACCAUUAUAGGAUGUAUAAAUUGUGUUUGCAAAAAAUAUUGCAAAAUGUUUGUACUCUAAAACUAUUACAGUCUUGUAAAGGGACUUUGGAGAAAUUGCUGAAUGUAUGAAUGUCCCAUUUUCCAAAUCCACCAUGGGGAAGAGUAAAAAUAAAUUAUAAUAUUUAGUAUCUAAGGUUAGAGAACCACACCCACAUGCUAAUAUGGGUGUUGAAAACUAGGUUACUUGGCUUUUACAAGAAUGCAAGGAAUCUGGAAACUUUAAUUAUUUAUAGUAUAAUCACCAUUAUCUGUUUAAAGGAUCCAUUUAUUUAAAAUCAGGCAUUAUAUAUUCAUUAAGGUUUAUGAAUUAAAAAUAAAAAGAGAGCUUUAUGUAGUCAUGCGUGUCAGUUUGCUGUUUAAAAUGUGUGACAGCAUUUAUCAUAUUUAGAGUGAAUUUGGCAGAAAUUUCCAAGUUGUACAUUGUGCUUUUAAAGUAGAACUUGUAAGAUGUUAUGUGAAUUCCCCUUGCCAGUUUUUUUUUUUGUAUAGUCAAAGAAACAUCUGACUAAAGUCAAGGAUUGAUUUCCUGUGUUUUAUUUUGAGAAAGGUUCUUAUACCAUACAGGGAGCAUGUGGAUAGAGAAAUCCAAAGCUUCCCAUUCUAAUACGAUUGUUGUGAUAACAUUAUCACCAUGUACUACAACCAGAAGAGGCCCAUUUUCAAUGUAGUUAUACAGACGGGCAUGAAAAACUAACAGCUUUCCUUUGAUUUCAAAAGUCCAAGAAUUUCUGGUAUAGUGGAUUUUAGCUUAUGUUCAAAGCUAAUCCAAAAAUAACUCCAGUAAGUGGCCUUUGAUCUUCUUUUGUACCAAAGAGCCCAGAAUAUUUCCGUGGUCCUUUCCUUCUCUGAAAUUCUGUGGUUCCUCAAACACUAAUCAUUUCUCUAAUAUACACCCAGGUGCUUUGGGAAGCUACAUUAACUUGUUCACAUAUAGCCAUGGCACAAUCGAUUAGUAAUAAAGCCAGAGAUCUAGUUGCUAAAAGGAUGUGUCUCGGUGUGUGACACUGUUUUGUGAAAAAUAGACAUCGGUUAGUGUGAGUUAUGUGUGUAGGUCGUGGCUAUCUAGGUUGAUACUUUUCAGUCUAAUGGUUUGACAUAUAACUAAUGGUUUCAAUUUUCUUGGGCAUAUGAAAGGUUGUUUAACGAAAUAGAUGGAACAAUAAAUGUACUCUUGUUCUCAAAGCCAGUAGCUGAAUUUUGACACUCAAGGACAUGGUCCUAAUAAAUACAGUUAAAUAAACAAAUUCAGCAAGUUAUGAAAUCUGGGAUGGUAGGGGAGGGGAGAUGUGUUCUGCUUAAUUAAAUGUGUUGUUUCAUUGAGAGUUACAUGGAUUAUCAAUUUUUAAAACACUAAAAUUCA